AGCUCGUCUUGCACGUCAUCCGACAUACCAUCAUCGAGCUCUCCUACAGACAAUAAGCUGAGCGCUAAAUUCUCAGCGACAAAAAGUUGACACAGGCACCCAUCAUGGCUGACGAGAACAAGAAGAAGGUGCUUAUCGUUGGAGCGACACGAGGACUAGGCAAAGCAUUGGCAGAAGACUAUGUAAAGCACGGCUGGCAAGUCUAUGGCACUCUACGCUCCGACUCCCCUCCCGAAAUCAAGGAUGUGAACUGGAUCCCGAACAUCGACGUCGCCACUCCCGAAGCCGGCCAAACGCUGACCAAACAACUCCCCAAGAACACUACUUUUUCCCUCGUUAUAAUCUCUGCUGGCGUCUUCAUCAAAGAAUCUUUCGAAGAGCCAGACUUCGAUGCCCAAGUUCAGAUGUACAAGACCUCUGCCAUCGGCCCCAUCUUCCUAGUUCAGGCUCUCUUCAAAGGAUCUCACUUGCCAUCAGGCUCCAAGGUGAUCCUCGUAUCCUCCGAAGCAGGAUCCAUCACUCUUCGUCAUGAACAAGAAGGCGGCGGUAACUACGGCCAUCACGCUUCAAAGGCGGCUCUGAACAUGGUAGGUAAGCUGUUGAGUUUAGAUUUGAAGGAACAUGACGUCGCUGUGGGUUUGGUACAUCCUGCUUUCAUGAGAACAGAGAUGACGAAGAAUGUUGGGUUUGAUAAGUUUUGGGAUGAUGGAGGCGCGGUGACGCCCGAAGAAUCGGCGAGUAGUUUGAGGGAAUGGAUUGAUAAGGAGUUCAACAUCAGCAAGACUGGAGAGUACUGGGCGCCGAGAGGCCCAGGUGACAUUGGUACUGCAGAGCCUGUACUUGGCAAGGACAGUGAAGUGCUGAAGACACCGAUGCAUGUGCCCUGGUGAGCUGCGGGCCUUGAGUAUGCAACCAGCAUUUGUCCCAUCUCCGACACGGAUGGCGAUUCUGGUGCGGUGAGAGAUGAGCAGACUCAAGCCAGACCACGCAAUUAUUCUAUACAUUCAUCUACGCCUCCUUCUGUGGUAUCACAGGCAGCACUACAUAAUUAUCAUGGCCCUCACCAAUAUGCAGGUGAUUGUCUCCGCCGAAUACUGCCUCCGUUCUGUCCACGUUGGAUUUAUGCUGGAAGAUACCACUGCCUUGCGUAUCACCGCUCGCCACUUCGAAUAUCAACUUGGCCCCCUUCUCGACCACGACAUUCGUCGGCCAGAUCUCCACAUCGACGGUAUAUACCUCCCCAGCCACGACUUGCUGGACAUCGUCUGAUUUGUACUCUCGGUAAGGUAGGUAUCCUUUGUGCUGCGGGUGAGAGUCAUUGGUCUUACGAAGAGAGACACGAAGCCAGCCUUUGGUGAGAGGUAUUGGAUCGCCUGCUGUGCCGGUAUAGAACACUUCUUUGCCAGAUGGUGAAAUGUAACGUAGUGUGAGAAAGAGAUCGAUGUCCGAGGGUAUUUGCGAGGGCUGCUCAGAGGAUGCAGAGCAGGAGACGGAGAGGCGAGCGACGAUGUGUCCCGUGAUUUCUGUUUCCGCUUCAAAAGGAGCAGUGGUAAAUUGAACAGCUUGAGGGUCGUCGAGCGUUCCGAGAGCUUUGUAGGAGAUCUUCUUCACCUGUGGUUGCGAUGGGCUCUCCACCGCGAGAGAUUGAUUGGGUUGAAGGUGGAACCUAGUGUAUUUCGUCCGCGCAAUUGGCCACUCGUUCUCAGUACGUCUGGUAUACGCCUUCUCCGCUUGUGCAUCGUUGAAUCCAACAUCGCCUUUCCUGAGUACGAGAUCAACUGGUGGGAGUUUACCCUUCUCCGUCCAGCCCACACGAUCGUCAUUCUUCAGGAAAGCAUCAAGGAAUGAGCGCUGCAGCUCGACUUCUUCUUUGUAGUAGAAUGGCAGAUCGUGGCGGCCAGUGAUGAACCGCAGGUAUUUCAGUUCGCU